AAAAAAGUGCUUUAAAACACGAAAAACGUUGUUAAUUCGUUUUUUUUUCCCACUAAGUACUUUCCACUAAGAGCGGACGGUUGCUACAGGCACGGCAAAAAAAUGGCGAAGAAAUUCGGUGCGAGAAGUGCGUGCGCGCAAAUUGCGAUCCUAUUAGCGGUGUGCGGUGCGCUCCAAAGUGCGGCGGCCUUGUCCAAUCCAGAUACAUAUCAAAUCUCAGACUCCUCACUGCCCUACCUUCAUGCCGCUGGCGUGGAGACCCUCCAGACGACAGGUGAGCGACUGCAUCGCCAACGCCGAGCACCACCAGCCUCGGCCGCCACUCCAGAUGCCAAAAGCCAGUACCAGAGCAUCAAUGCCGGCAAUGUAACGGCAGAGGCGACGGUGACCACCGUGGACACCAGCAAGGCGGUGGACGGCAGCGUCUCCUACAAUGUCCACAACGUGGGCGUCAAUGGGACCGGGCAGCGCAAGGACUACACGGUCCAGAACGCGGACGGAUCAUCGGCCAUUGGCACGGGCACCUCCAUAAACGUGGCCGCCAAAAAACCCACCCAACUGCUGGCCUCCCAAUCGGGUGGUUAUCCCAAGAAGGUGGCAGCUUCUGCAGCGUCGGUGGCCGGUGGGGCUGCCACAACUACCUCGACGACACCAUCACCGACAUUGUCGCCCGGCAUCGAUGUGGAAGAAGUGGAUGUGCCCGAAGAUGAUAUCGAGAAGAAUGUGAAGAAAGAGUCGCUGCAGCGCAACGAGGACACCCACGAGUACUACAACAGUUCCCUCUACGUCAGCAAGUCGGAGGCCAGCUCCAUGUGGGAGCAGCUCAAGAAUAUAUCCGAGAAUAAAAUGCUCUCCUCGUCCCACCGUCGCGCCAUGACCGUGGAGCUCAACUUUGAUUUCCCCUUCUACGGUCACAACGUUCGCAAUGUCACCGUGGCCACUGGUGGUUUCCUCUACACCGGGGAGUAUGUCCACUCCUGGCUGGCCGCCACCCAGUAUAUAGCUCCGCUGAUGGCCAACUUUGAUACGAGCAUCUCCAAUGAUUCGUUUGUAAGGAUGCUGGAUAAUGGAACUGCUUUCACGGCUCUGUGGGAGAACGCCACUCUGCAGGAUAACCUGGCCUACGGCAAGUUCACGUUCAGUGUGACGCUCCACAAGAAUGGUGACAUCGUGUUUGCCUACUACCAGAUCCCCACCCAAAUCAACGCCAUCCAGGACAACCAGCAUCCCGUCAAGGUCGGACUCUCCGAUGCCUACAUCAUUGACAAGCAUCUCUACUUUGCCCGCCGCAAGACCAUCUACGAGUACCACCGCGUCUCCUUCCAGCAGCACGAGAUUAGCAACUCCACCAUCAUCCGGCUGACAGCUCUGCCCACCUGUCUCGGCUACAAUGACUGCCAGUCCUGCAUCAAUCACAACACGACGUUCACGUGUCUCUGGUGCCCGGCGCUAAACCGCUGCUCCACGGGUACCGAUCGCAAGAAGCACGAAUGGGAACAGAAGGGCUGCAAUUCAGCAGCGGUUCGUGUGCUCGAUAGCUGCCCCGCCCUCGGGGAGAAGGGCAACAAUGCCGCCAAGGAUAAGAAUGCCGCCACUGGCAAAUCGGACAGUGCGACGAAUUCUGGCGCCACCUCGACGGCGGCCACUGCCAGCUCGGCGGUGACAGAGCCCACGGUGGUCAGUACACGAUCGCCGAGUGCCACUGCCCAGUCGCAGCCAGCGGCUGUUCUGGACGGCGCACACGUUGAGGGCAAGCUGGGCAAUGCCGAGCUCUCCCAAGCGGGGGCCGACAACAAGAGUGUGGGCGUGGCGUUUGGGUUUAUGGUGCCCAUAUGUCUGGUGUUCGCUGUAACGUUGUGGCUGUUCUAUGCGUACCGUAAUCCCCACACAAAGAGCGGUCAGCUGCUCAUCCAGUCCAAGCAUUUACAUCAGUUCCGUCCCAGCCAAUGGUCGUGGCGACGUGGAGAGGCGCGCUAUACGGCGGCCACGAUACACAUGUAGGAGGCACCGAUGAUUGUCGGCGACGAAGAUGGUUAGAGGAUAUAGAGCAAGAUCUAGGAAAAGGAUGUGCCGAUAAAAUAAAAAAAAAAAACUAGCAAGAAAACAAUAGAACUGGUCCCCCAAAAGAACCACAAAAAAAAAGCAAUACCAUCCAACAAUAAUAGGACAUGGAACCGGAACCGGAAAAGCAGAAUCGCCAUCACAACAACCGUAAUGAUUAAAAAUUGAUUUCGAUUUUAUAAUUGAUCCAUAAAUUGAUAUUUAAAGUUCGAUAUAUAUAUAUAUAUAAAUAUGUUCUUGCCGAUUCUGCCAUGUGAUUUGUCCAUGUUUCCACGCCAAAACCUCCCGAUACCCAACUAGAAAGAUAUAAUACCCCCCCAAAAAAAGACAAGAGAUUUUGUGAAAGGAUGGUACUGAUGAUUGUUAAGAUUUCAAAGAAAA